UCAUAUUUUUUUCAAAGUAACAAUCAUAUUCUUAGCUUACCAUAAUUUUGUACACAUUUCCACUGACUAUUGCUAUUAAAUCAAAAGCGCCUUUUUCUGGCGUAUUUAUUAAACUGCGUCGUUUUGGUAAACAAGGUUUUGAUGCCGAGAAACUGCAAUUCAAUCGUCUAAGGCCCUUGUUUUAUGAUUGUUUUUUCUGGCGUUGACCUUUCUAGACCUCUGAAAAAAGAGAAGUAACGAGAAGUGGAGGAGAGAGCGGCCGAAGGGGACGAGAAUUUGAGACAGCAGCAGAGUGUGGCAGCUGCAAACGCACUGCAGAUCCGAAACAGAUAGAGGGGAAAUGGCCAACCAAGCUCAGUGGAAGACGACUGCAGAGUUCAGAAUGCGAUUAUCACAAGGGAAGGGCACAAGGCAUACAGCAGCGGUGAUCAGAGACGUCUUAAUGGAUACAUACCCUGAGAGCAGUUGGUUCAUCACUGUUUCUGCAAAUAGCGGUUUGUUUACCGGUGACUUUAGUGUCAAGUGUAAAGAUGGAGUUGGUGAGACAGCAGAGUGGAUGAACAAGACAGAGUACCCCUACAACAUGCACAUCUACACUGUCCCACACUCAGACUACAACAGACGAGAAGCAACUGAUGAGGAGAGGGCGAAGAUAGAGAUUGUGAGUAAGAGUGUGUUGUUUGAUAUGGAGAGUACAUGGAGAGAGGUUCUGGGAUUUGGGGGUAUGACAACACAGAAGAUGAGGGAUGAGGUCAUCGCCCGUCUGGACAGAAAUGGACUCAAGUGGAUGUAUGUUGGAGUGGGGAAAGGAGAUAGAUGUUGGUCUGCUUCUUGUAUUCAGAGUCGCCGUGUUCUUACAGAUGGCUACAUUUACGAUAUUUGCAUCUACCUAGGAGACUAAACCUACACCGCCACUGGACUUCAACCUUAUUCCAAGUGAUACACUAGUACACACUCCAUUCUACCAUCAAUCUUCACUCCUUUCACGCAUCUACCUCUACUCGAGUGCUAUGUAUUUUCCUGAUAUGAUUCCACUUUAUAUCUACUCUAGUUUGACUAAUGACUUAUCUAAUUAAUCUAACUGGUCUUUUUUGUCUGACCCUCACACUUUCAUUCUCUACGGCGGAGAGGCAGAGAAAAUUUGUCACUUCUU